AUGAUUCUUACACAAGGCUCUAUUCCAGAAGUUAGGGAGUCUUCAAUUGGUCAAGCCUUAAAAGAACGUCAUUCCAGAUUAAGUACUUUUUCUAAUAACUUAGGACCAGCAGAUUUGAUCAGCAUUCAUAAAUAUAUUCCAGCUUCCGGGACAUCAGCAACUCGUGAUACUUCAUCUAUUAGCAAUAGUAAUAACACCAAUAAUAAUGGCAGUAAUGGUAAUGCAACACAAAGUGUAAUUAAUUAUCGUAUAAGCUCAGAGUCUAGUAUGCCACAUCAUCAACAAAUUGCCAAGAAAUUGGAAUUAGGCACAUAUUUAUAUUGUUCCGGGGUGGAUACUUCAGACCCAAAUUCAAUUGCUGUUUUUUGUAAAUCCAUUCAAGAUGCCAUUGAAGAAAAACCUCAAUUAUGGUUUGGUAAAAAUAGAAAUUUUAAAAUCAGUGAAAUUACCUAUUCCAGCUGGAAUACCUUCUCCUCUUGCGAUGUUAAUGUUGUUGUCCAUUUCCCUGGAACAUUACAAACAUAUUUGACUACAGCUACUGAUGGGGAUAUUUCAUUGGACACUGAUGAGGAAUCUUCUGGUACCCAUGCUUCCAUUUGGUUGGAGACAUUUGUUUGUACCGUGGUCAGAAGUUUUAUACAAAUGCUAGAUAACCGUAACGAAGGCGAGAUUAACAAUGUUGUAGAAACUAUUAUUCUAAAUCCUCUGAUGAUGGGCGAGAUUACUGAUGUUGCUGAAUUAUUUAUAUCUAAAGGCUUCCCAUUAUGCUAUACAAGAGGUUCUUUUUUGGGUAGCCCAAUUGGUAUUGUGAACACUUCAAACAUUAAUAAUUACCUUGUUGAAACAUUUGUUAAAAUCACAAAACUGAGUCACAAUGCCGAUUUAGCAAUUGAUGUUUUGCGUAAGAUGUUACCUGAAUAUCCAGAAUUAAGUGUUGUAUUAUCUCGUAUUUAUUUUGAGAACGACUUUGAAAUCGAUGCUUUCAAGUUAUUGCACAGUGAACUCUUGAAAUCAGAUGAUGUGUUACCUUAUAAAAGUGACCUUUUAUGCGUUGAAGCUGAAUACCUAUUUGAACUAAAAAGUGAUUACACCUUGGCGUUACAGGUUAGUCAAAAUGCAGUAAAAUAUGGUCCUAGCGAAUUUAGGACUUGGUAUUGGCUAGUUAAAAGUUAUAUUGCGUUGAAUGAUGUUAAGAAUGCGCUAUUGGCCUUGAAUAGUAGUCCAAUGACACUAAAUAAGGAAAAAUAUAAUUUUAAGAGAUGUUGUUCGAUAAAUAGUCCCCCCGUUGACAGUUCUACUACCAACAAUAGCAAAGAUAAUGAUAAUAAAAACUCUGCUUUGCAUUUACCGUUACCAGUUGAUGUUAUAUUAGAUGAGGUUACUGGUUUAAAUUCACAGGAUGUAAUUAAUGAGCACAAAAGCGCGGAUCCAAUCUUAUUAAAUUUACCGGCAUCAUCAUUACAGGCAACUUUCCAGCUGGCUUAUGGGCUGUUGGCCGAGAUUGGUAAAAAAACAGGAUGGGAGAAUUUAUUAAAGUUAAGGGCCGAAAAUUUUGUGAUGGAAGAAGAAUUUACCAAUAAUAAGAAUAAAACAAUUAGAGAUAAGAGAUUAUGCGAAAGAUGGUUAGAUAAUUUGUUUAUGUUAUUAUAUCAAGAUAUGAAACAAUAUACCAUGUGGCAAGCUGAGCAAUUGCAUUUUGAAGCUACCAAUACUGAAUAUCACAAAACGACUUUUGAAUGGGAAUUGUUAGGGUUAUGCGCUACAAGAUUGAAACAUGACAAAGAGGCAUCUGAAGCUUUCCAAUACGGUUUACAGCAAAGGUUUAGUGCCACUAGUUGUAGGAAGUUGUUGCAAUACUAUGUUGCUGAAAGAACUAAGUUAAAAAAAAAUUACCAAUUGUCUUCACAACAAAUUCUAACUACCUUGAACACCAUUGAUAAUUUAAUAAUUGACUUGGUGGUGAAAAUCUGUUGUUGGAAUCACAGAUGGUAUGGUGACUUUAGCUUAUUAUUAUUAGAAAGUUUAAAUGAUACACUCAGCGAUAUGGGAUUAACUAAGGUUUGUAAUGAAGUAGAUAGUAGAUACCCUGAAUCAGUUACCAAAUUGUUCAAAAGUCAAUUAUUGCAAUUUUUUGAAAAACAUACCAAAGAUCAAUUUGAUAUGUGA